CUAACUUUCUUACAUGUGUUUACUUAUGUUUUGGAUUUCGAAUUUUUGUAAAUUGUGUGUAUAAAAAUGUGCUACGAAUUUUAACUGUGCACAGUUUCCUGAUUAAAAUGAAGUUUUCCUACAAGUUUAGCAAUCUACUGGGCACUGUUUAUAGGAAAGGGGAUCUCCUUUUUACACCCGAUGGAAAUUCCGUUCUAAGUACAGUUGGAAACCGAAUAAGCGUCUUUGAUCUCAGAAACAACAAAUCAAGCACUUUGCCCAUCGAAAGCAGAUUUAAUUAUGAAACUCUAGAUUUAAGCCCAAACGGAUGCACUUUAAUUGCUAUAAAUGAAGAAGGUGAAGCUCACAUGAUUAGUUUGAUAUCUCAAACUGUUGUCCACAGAUAUAGAUUUAAAGGCAAAUGUAGGGCUGUUAGAUUUAGUCCUGAUGGAAAGCAUUUCGCUGUUUGCAAGGAUAAUAAUGUAUUUGUAUUCAAAGCCCCAGGACCAUUUUCCGGAGAAUACAAUGUAUUUGUUAUGGAAAGAGUUUUCCAUGGUGCCUAUGAUGAGACCACUUGCUUGGAUUGGUCAUCUGAUUCUAAAAUUCUUGCUGUUGGAUCAAAAGACAUGGCAACUAAAUUAUAUCCUAUAGAAAAGUACAAGAAUUUUAGGAUCUAUUCCUUAGGAAAUCAUACUGAUGGGAUAGUUGGUUGCUUUUUUGAAAAGGAUAGUUAUGAUAUGAUUACAGUAUCUAGGAAUGGCCAAACUUGUGUAUGGGAAUGUACUAUUGAUCCUAGCGAUUUAGAAGUCUUGGAGGAUAGUACUCCUGUUGUUAAGAAAAAAAAAUCUUCAGAAGAUGAAGAUGAAGACGACAUAGACAUAACCAAGUCAUUAGAAAAAUCUCAAGCUGAAGCAGAAAAAGCUCUAAAAGAUAUUCACAUAAAUGAAACAGAGAAUAAAGAAGCAAGCAAGUUAUUUUAUAAAAGAAUAGCUAGGCAUUAUUUAGCAGAUGAAGCUAGGAAGGAUCAGAAAGAAGCUGUUUUGACAUCUGCUGCCUACCACAAGGCCUCAAAAAUAUUGGUAACAGGCUUUUCUUCAGGAGCUUUUUUCAUUCAUGAAGCCCCUGAAAUGAAUCUAAUUCAUUCCCUAAGCAUAUCCGAACAAAAAAUAUCUUCAGUUGCUUUGAAUCAAACGGGCGACUGGAUUGCUUUGGGUUGUAGCGGUAUCGGACAGUUGCUAGUUUGGGAAUGGCAAAGUGAAACUUAUGUCAUGAAGCAACAAGGCCACGCCAACAACAUGUCUUGUGUCUCAUAUUCCGGCGACGGGCAACUUUUAGCCACUGGUGGACAAGAUGGCAAAGUAAAACUCUGGAACGUAGGGUCUGGUUUUUGUUUUGUCACAUUUAAUGAACACACGAGUGCAAUCAGCGCUAUAGGUUUUAGUGGAAACAAGAGAUUUGUGGUUUCUGCUGCUCUGGACGGAACUGUUAGAGCAUAUGAUGUAAUUAGAUACAGGAAUUUCAAAACAUUCACUUCUCCAAGACCGGUUCAAUUUUCUUGUGUAGCUGUUGAUAGUAGUGGAGAGUUUGUAGCUGCUGGAGGACAAGAUGUUUUUGAAAUUUAUCUUUGGUCGGUGAAGACUGGAAGAUUGCUGGAGAUUUUAUCAGGACAUGAAGGGCCAGUUGUGAGCUUAGCCUUCAGUCCCAGCAUUACAACCACAACAUUAGCAUCAGUUUCAUGGGACAAAACCUUAAGAAUAUGGGACGCGAUAGAAAAAGGCUCGGCUCAUGAAUCUAUCGAAUUAAUAUCGGAUGGAUUGUAUGUUACAUUUAAUCCCAAUGGGCAAGAAGUUGCUGUCGCCACGCUAGAUGGACAAAUAUCAGUAUUUCAUAUCAAAACAGCUACGCAGGUUGUGGUUAUUGAAGGCAAAAAUGAUUUGGGUAGUGGACGGUCUGAUACGGAUUUGAUUACUGCUAAGAAAAAUUUGGAAGCCAAAUCAUUUACGACAUUAUGUUAUUCAGCUGAUGGUGAAUAUUUAUUGGCUGGUGGUCAGUCGAAAAAUGUAUGCAUUUAUAAUGUAAAGGAAGCUCUGUUGGUGAAAAAAUUCGAAAUUACACAAAAUAGGUCCUUGGAUGCUGUGGAUGAUUUCAUCAAUCGUCGAAAACUAACGGAAUUUGGGAAUUUGGCUUUAAUAGAAGAAAGAGAAGAGCGAGAAGGUGGAGAUGUGGCAAUCAAAUUACCAGGAGUAAGAAAAGGCGAUAUGUCUAGUAGAGUCAUUAAGCCAGAAGUUAGAAUACUGUCUUUGCAAUUUUCACCUACUGGACAACAGUGGGCCGCAGCUACAACUGAAGGUUUACUAAUAUAUUCUCUUACAUCAGGCCUUGUGUUUGACCCUUGGGAUUUACAAAUUGGUAUUACCCCUAUGGCAGUAAGACAGGCUUUAAAAGAAAACGAUUAUCUCAAUGCUUUGACAAUGUCUAUGAAGAUCAAUGAAGCCAAUCUUAUACAGGAAGUUAUAGAAACAAUCCCUGUUAGAGAUGUCCAACUAAUUGUAUCAAGUUUACAAGAUCGAUUGGUUGAAAGGCUAUUGCUAAUAAUCGCUAGCGGAUUGGACAGUUCAAGACACUUGGAGUAUUAUUUAUAUUGGACACAGCAUGUACUAACUAUUCAUGGUCCUAAAAUAACGGGUCAGAAACAUAUGCCCGCAAUUUUAGCUUUGGAGAAGAGUCUAGUUAGACGAUUUGAGCAAAUAUCCAAAUUAUGUGACUAUAACAAAUACACUCUAGAAUAUGUUACUAAUCUAGGCAAAGUUAUGGCAGAAAAGCAAGUAAAAGCAGAAAAAAUGGACGAUGAUAGUGAUACUGAUUUGUCAGAGGAUAUCGAAAAUAAUUUGGAAAGUUAUGAUAAUGAUAUUAUUGAAAUUGGUGAUAUCUAAUAAAAUAAUUUAAAAAAAAAAAAAAAUCUUGGCAGGUGUUGACUUAUUUAAUACAACUUUCUAGGUCCCGA